AUGGGCGACAGUGCGGCGCCGCACCGCUACGUGUCGUUCCACGAGCGGCUCAAACAUGUCACUAUCGACUUAUCAAGAGACUCUGGUACGAACUGGGGUGCCUCGCGCUUGCAGGUGGCCGGUCUCGAUGCGCCAGCAAGCGCCUUCGCCGUGGCAACAGGAGCGACCCCCACUGUCACCGAGACGUCCGACCUGCAGAGCACGGCCUUCGGCUCGGCGCUGCAGCAGUGGAAUGAGCUGAAUCUAAGUUUGCCAUUUCAGUCGUUUUAUGCGAACGUCAUGCCUAAGGCACAAUCGCUUGUUCUGCUGGUGCACCACCGCGACGAGAUCGCGGCGGAGCUGGACGCGGGGCUUACGCUGCGCGACCCACAAAAUUGGCUCGCGUGGGAUGCACUUUUGGACCUGGUGCCACGUAUGGCGUUUGACCUGGGCUCUGAGUUCCUUCCUGUGUACCCCACGCUUCUGACGGCCCUACUGCGCGCGUCCUCUCUGAUGGACAAGAACCUCACGCGGGGCGACGAAGAGCUUGCCGCGCGUCUCGUGGAGCGCGCUUUCCACAGCGCAGCGUGGCUAUUUCGGGCCGUAUCUUCGCUCAUGGUCCGCAGCUCGGACGCCCAAUUGCUUGUCGCAAGCUGGACUAUUGUCCGCGAUCUGCUUACCGACCAGACAUUAACCGCCUCUGUAACUGACAACGAAGACGCUCAGUGUGCAGAGAAUGAUGCUAUGCUGCGGAGCAUGCGUCCCAUGGCCCGUUCGCACACACGCCGCUUUGCGACCGAGGCACUCGCACAUCUUAUUCGCAAGGCGCCGCUUUCGCAGCUGGGUGUACUAGUACAUACCAUGCGUGUGGAUUCUCACACGUAUGGACCAGCCCUGGAUAGCGGCAUUGCUGCGACGUGGGCUCACAGCUGCAAGACGGCUGCGCAUGCUCUUCAUUCGCGGACGCGCGAACUUCUUUCAUGUGCUCUCAGCUGGGAUGCACCGUUUGCCUCCAGCAUCGAGCGGUGGGGUGAGCGCAUCAUGACAGCCCUGGUGCACCAUACACGUGCGCUCGAUAUGAUACCAGUGUUCGAGUGGCUGCUGUGUCGGGCGACAGAGAGCCCGCUGGCCGAGCUGCCGACGUGCCUGGUAUGGCUCACUGCGGCGCUAGGCACCCGCAAGGGCACGCGCGUGGACGACAGCGUCAAGGCACAAUUCUUUGCUUGGCUGCCGAAGCUGGAUGCUCGCAUGGUCUGGAACUCCUCGGCAACGAAUGCGCCGCUACUCCGAGCUUACACGUCGUUGGUAUGUGUGUCCAUGCCUUUGGCCCGCGUACAGGACCUGACAGGGCCUGGAAAGCAGGUCUUGCAAGCGUUUGCGACGCGUCACGAGCGCGAGCCGUUUGAGGUGGCAUGGGCGGCAUUCGACGGCGUAUACCGCGCUCUUGGUGACCCUGCGCUAGCGUGGCACAGCUAUGGUGCACUGGCACUGCCUACCGCGCUCGAUGCCACGUCGCAGAUCUUGGCCGGUCAUGCCAAGGCCGCGCAGGAAGAUGCCGCGCUGGCGUUCCUGGCCGAGCUCGAUGCCCAAGGGCACCUCGCCAAGCUGCAUGAUGCGCCGCCGACCACCACUGUGCUGCGAUGGACGAAGCGUGCGCAAAAGAAGGUCCAGCAGCGCCUAGAUCGCCUGGCCUCGCUGCUGGACAGCGGGCGAACGGACGAUGAGGUUCUGACGAGCAUGCCAGCUGUGCCACUCGCGUGCCGCUUUCCCAGCGCUGCACCGGCCAUGGCACGUCUCCUCGUGCGCUGCAUCCAAGCAGCGGCAAGCGGUGCCGGCACCACAACGACUCGUUAUUUGGAUGGCAUCUUAGGCUCACUGCUCGCGAGUCUUGUAACUGUGUUACGUUCGCCUCUGAAUGUACGAGAGUGUGUGCAGGUGCUUUUUGACGGUGAGCCGAGCAUCUUUGUGCGUUUGCUGCAGGCCAGUGUGUCUAGCCAUGCCGUCCUACCUGCCCUGGCUGACCUGGCCGAGGCGGUUGCAGCACCGACGUCUCUGCCGUCCGUGACACAUAUGUGGCCUGUGCUGAUUAGUGCCUUGCUUGAUCCCAACCGCGCAAUUGUACAUGCGGCGCUGCGACUGUUGGCGCUCGUAACAGAGGCGCCUCUCAACGUGUUUGCUCUCCUCGCGGAGGUCGAAGCGAUGUCCCUCGAUGUGGCCAACGUUACCGCUCGAAAUGUUAAGCUGCGAUACGCCCAGCGCGAAGCUUGCAAGGCCCUGACUGGUAGCGACCUGCAGAUGCAGGCCCUUGUGCGUUAUGCCAUCGGCACACUCAAGCUCAACUUAAAGCCUGUAUGGGCCGCGAGUCGCGAGACACUGGUGGCCUUGAGUGCGCGCAUCGGCGAGGAAGUCUGGCGCGUCUCUUUCGCUGAACUGCAAGCGGCCGAUGCCCUAGUGCAUGCGGGUCCCGAGCCUGGCGAUGAGAUGGAGGAGGAGGAGGUACCUCAUGUUACUGAACCGUCGCAUGACGAUGCUCGCGACGACCUGUACCAACUGCAUGAUCCGCAGCUGACCCGCCGCCUCCGCACUCUUGCACAUAUUGUGCACUUGGACGGUGUGGAUCCUGCGCAGCGCGCGGCGUCUGCGCUUCAAGCGCGCAUGACGCCGCACGUACGUUUUGAUGCCGCGCAUUAUGCCACAGAGAUUCUCCUGUUGUAUGAGCAGCAUGCCUUGUUACCCGAAAAGCACAGCGAGGCUUUCGUGUCGCAUGUGCUUGCGCAGUGGGCGUCGCUGGUAGAUGCGCCAGAGACGGACCGCGCACCGACCAUUGCACGCAUGGAACGUCUGCGCCAGUUCCUCGCCAUCUUUGCCGAGUUCCGUGACCCGGCACGGAUGCACAAGGCCUCGGACAUGCAAACCCACUUCCUUGCUCUGUGUGCGCAGCCGGAAAUCACUGUACAGCGCGGCGCACUCUCGUGCCUGCUGACCUGGAAACCGCCUGCACUUGUGCACAUGGAAGACAAACUGCGCAACCUGCUGGACACGGCCAAGUUCCGCGAUACGCUCUCGCAGCUGGACCUCUCGGCGACGUCGGAGCAGUUCAGCGCUGUGAUGCGCCCCCAGGUCAUGCCCGUGCUUAUCCGCUUGCUGUAUGGCCUUAUGAUUUCGCGGCGUGGCGUGCGGACAAGCGGUGCUGGACAGCAUGCGCGCCGUACGGCCAUUCUAUCGGCCUUAUACGAGAGUCGAGUGGAGGAGUUGCAGCUGCUGGUCGAUCUCAUGCUGGGGGCCUUUGUGGAUCAGGUCGUGACACAGCCAUUUGUGCUACCGCCACCGCCCGAGGCGCCCAUGCGGAAGCAGCUGGGUUUAUUGCAGAUGCUCGGCGAGGUCUUGCGUCACCUAGGACGUGCUCUUCAGCCAUGCAUGCACCGCCUGGUCGGUGUGGUGGUUAGCCUCGCGGCGCAUGCAGCCGAUGCCACCGACGAGCAGGCGCGCGAAGUGAGGCGCGCUGCACUGCGUCGCCUCGCAGACUUUGUGCGUUACGGCCAAGGGACCAACUGGACCGAGUUCCGCGACGUGAUCCUUACGCGCCUGGUCCAUCCCCGGCUUGCUACAUUCGCCCAAGACAGUGUCCAGGCGCCAUCCGCGUUCUUGGAACUGUGCCGCACCUGGAUCAGCGAGAGUGACACACUCAUUUGCUUCCUGAGCGACACGUCCAUUUUGCCUGCGGUGUAUGCUGGUCUUAGCAGCACAAGCAUCAAGCCGCCUGUCGCACAGACCAUCCUCGAUAUGGCCGAGCGCCUGCUUAGCGUCGCUGAGGCGGAAGGCGAAGAAGCGAAGGCCAUUCGGGACCAGGUUGUCCUCCCGAUGGUGCCUGCUCUGCUUGAGCAUCUCCAGCCGCUUGUUCGCCACACAAUCCGCACUGAGUUUACGCAUCCCCUCGCUCUACAUGUUCGCGAUGAUCUUCUGCGCCAGGAACUGAGUGUGCUUUCGCUGCUGGCGCCGCACAUUGCGACACAGGCGGCUGCUGCCAAGGUCGUCGAGCUUCUUGUGCCACUCAUGCGCCACAGCGCCCGCGCCAUCCCUGAACGCACCAAGACGGAGCUGCUGCGCACCUUUUCCCUGCUGCUACCUCGCGCAGGUACGUCAGGAGCUUUUCUGGACGACCUGUAUGGCCUGUUUUGCCGCCUUGGCUCGGAGCUGCGCUCGCGCCAGGCACGCGGACAGUAUGCGGAGGCCUUUGCGCAGCUUGCGACGGCUGAGCCGAGUCUGACUCGUAUCACGGAAUGGGUCCGAGCGCUAAACGCGUACUCCGCGCGGAUGGUGGAUGAGCCAGACCUGGAGCAGCGCCUGAGCGCCUUCGAUGCGAUCCUUGAUGCGGAAACGGUCAUUGGUGCUCGCGAAUGGCAUGUUCUGCUUUACCAUGCCCUCUUUUAUAUUUGCGACGACGAGCUAGCGAUGCGUACGAAUGCCUCAGCGAUGCUGCAGCGCUUUGUACGCGAGGCACACGAUCCUGAGUGUGUGUCGCUGGCCACUCGUGUGCUGCUCCCAGGCAUGCGCCGACGCCUGCACAGCCGCUCGGAGGCCGUACGCAAGGAGCUGUUCCAGCUGCUCGGCAUCACAGUUACUGAGAUGAGCGAGUUGGUACCACCACUUGCCGAGCUGAAUGUACUGCGAGCGGGCGGUGAUGACGAGGCGAGUGUGUUCACCAACCUAUACCACAUCCAGACGCACCGCCGCGUCCGCGCCAUGCACCGCUUAGCCCAAGCGGCGGAGAGCGGCGCGCUCCGCAGCAAGACGCUCUCGGACCUGUUUCUGCCUCUGACUUGGUUUUUCCUGUUGCCUAAUCAGAGCGGAGGUAUCGACAUGAACAUGGCCAACGAAGCUUUGGCGUGCAUCCGGCGCAUGGCCGCGCAGCUGCAAUGGAAUCACUAUUACCACUGGCUCACCCGCUUCUUGCGCGAGCUCAAGGAGCAUGCAGCGAAGGACGAAACGUCGCCAGCGGAGCGCUUGCAUGUACGUGGUGUGGUGGGCGUGCUCGAAGCGUUCCACUUUGACUGCAAUGAAGACGUCAGCGACAAUACCGGCGCAACGGAGGAAGAUUUGGCGGACGACCAGGCGUACGACGGACAGGCGCUCGCGCGAGACUUGACACAGCCUUUAGACGCGCAGCGUGAUCAAAAGGUGGCGCUAGCCGCUACACUCACAACGCGUGUGCUACCGCCACUGCAUGAGGCGCUUCAAGUCAAGGACGAGGACCGACUGCCUGCGCGCCUCCCACUCAUUGUCGGUGCGGCACGCCUUGCGCAGCACUUGCCCAAGGACCGUCAGCAGGUGGAGCUGUUCAAGGUCUUUGCCUCCUUGGCCAAUGCCUUACGCAGCAAGCUGCAGUCGACACGGGAUGCAUGCCGCGAGACGGCGCUGCAGAUGCUGCGUGCCAUCGGAGUCGAAUACCUCGCUAGCGUUGUGCGCGAACUGCGCCGACUCCUGACCCGCGGCCCGCAACUGGCCGUGUGUGCGUAUACGGUACACAGCCUCCUGGUCGCGCUGAGCACGGGCGAUGAGCCCUUACUCACAGGCUUGGACGAUGGCGUGCGCGAUAUGGUCGAGGCAGCCAUGGAGGACGUGUUUGGACUCACGGCUGAGGACCGCGCUGCCGUCGAAUACCGCACCAAGGUGCGCGAGUUACGCCAAAGCAAGAGUAUCGACACAUUUGAGCAUCUGGCGCGUCUUGCGGAGCCUAAGUGUGUGCAGGAGCUUUUGCUGCCUUUGCGCGGCGUGCUCGCAGCAAGCAUCGAGACGAAGACGCUGCGCCAUGUGGACGAGUGUCUUGGGCGUAUCGCGUCGGGUCUCAGCGCCAAUACGCAUAUUGACACACAUGACUUUCUCGUGCUGUGCUACACGCUCAUUGCAAAGGGUGAGAAAGCACUCGCCCAGCCCUUGGCCAGUGCGCCGUACCUGACCCAAAAUGCUCACAAGUUUGUCGAGCUGGGGCUGGAACUACUGACGACUGCGCUGCGUCGCUCGCGCUUUGAUGUUCACAACGAGGAGACCGUCGCUCGGCUUGUUCCACUCGUCAAGGCGGUGGGCGAGACGCUCUAUGCGACGAGCGGGCCUGUAAUUGAGCGUGGCUUACGAGCUGCUGCCGCUCUGGCUCGGUGCCCGCUGCCGAACCUGGCUGAGGCGCUGCCGGUGAUGCAGAAACAGAUGCUCGUGCUGCUGCGCAGUGCUGGUGGUCUACACUCGGCUAUGGCCCAGGCCGCGCUGCGGGCCCUGAGCAUUGUGCUGCGCGAAGGCCGUGCGCCUCCGCCGCCGACCCGGCAGCUCACCGAGCUACUCACUCUUGUGGAGCCUGAGCUGGAAACGCCCGUUGCGCAAGCGAGUGUGUUUGCGCUGUUGCGUGCGAUUGUAUCGCGAGCCUUUGUCGUGCCUGAGAUUUACGAUAUCAUGGACCGCGUUGCCGAACUUUUGGUGGUGAGCCACGACGCCCAGGUCCGUGAUAUAUGCCGCUCGUUAUACCUACAGUUCCUGCUGGACUAUCCCCAAGGACAGGGCCGUCUGCAGAGCCAGAUGCAGUUUCUGGCCAAACAUCUCAGCUACGAGAAGCAGGGUGGGCGCCAAAGUGUGCUCGAGCUCGUUGGUGCUGUGCUGUCCAAGUUCUCGACCGAAGUUGUGUCGCAGUUUUCGGAGCUGUUCUUUGUGGCACUGGUCAUGCUCCUUGCGAAUGAAGAGUCGACGGCAUGCCGCCAGCAGGCCGCACAGGUCCUGAGAACAUUGCUGGGUGCCGUUCAUGCACCGCAACGCGCCACGCUCAUGCAAAUGACACGCGCUUGGGCUACAGCCCAGGGCAGUGCGCAGGCACAGCAGCUGGCCUCUGUGGCUCUGCGUGUGUAUGAGCUGGCGGCGGAACGCGAUCAAAGCAGCGUAGCUGAAGAUGCAUGUGUCGCCAUUGUGCAGGCACUGCAGCAAGGCGCAGAAGAGGGCGAUGCAGAUGCAUGGCGCUACGUAUACCAGGCGCUGCAGACGAUGCAGUCGCUUGUCCAGCGCGAUCCGCAUGUAUGGACGCACCUGGCGCCUGCCAAAGAGCCUCUGCUCAUACUACUCACGUUCCCCCAUGCUUGGUGCCGCGUGUCGGCAUGCCGUGUGCUAGGUGCAAGCUUCGCGAGUCAGCAGCCCUGGACGCCUAGUGACUUGGUUCGCUCUGCUCGGCAGCUCGUAUCGCAGCUGUACAGCCCCUUUUUGGACGAUGCACUGACGCUCCAAGUGGUGCGCAACCUUGUGUUUUUGGGCAAGAAGUUUGCGGAUGGUAUCGAAGAAGAGCAUGUGGAAGACGAGGACGACGAUGAGGAUGUCGAGCAAGAGGACGACGAGGACGAAGCUGAGGACGAAGCCAGCACACAUGAGGAUGGGCCGCUAGUGCCUGCACGUUUGUCUUGGCUGUUUACAAAACUGUCGCAUGCUGCCCGCCUACAGCAUGGUGGCCGGUCCAACGAGUCGGCACCAAAGCGCGCAGGAGCCGUGCUCAAGUGGUUCGCUGCCAUGACGUCGCAGCUCGAGGCAUCAGUGAUCGGCCGCUUCCUCGUGCACAUCUUGUCACCAAUCCUGCGCAUCAUGGACGAUGAACAGGCGCCCGAGGACCUCAAGACAUUGGCCAAUGAAGUGCAGGAUAUGGUCCAGGAGUAUGUGGGGCCCGUCGCCUUUACGCGUGCCUACACCCAUGUGAAACAGACGCUGAUGGACAAACGUCGUGAACGCAAACAUUCGCGGCUGCUCGAGACGAUUGCGAAUCCUGAGCGUGCGGCCAAGCGCCGCACCGCGCGCAAUGCUGGCAAGCAUAUGAGCCGUAAGCGCAAGAACCAGGCGUUCAAGGGCCAACGCGUGGGCAACAAGCGCGCAAGAGGCUCUAUACGCGAUCCAUAG